AUGGCUGCAGACCGUCUUAGCUCAAUUUUGAGCCACCUGAAGGGCUCCAACACUGGCCUCGCUGCAAUUACUCAGAAGAACCCAGAUGAUGUAGUGAUCACCCUAUCACUGCGAACGCCUCUGACUAAGGCCCACAAGGGCGGCUUCAAAGAUACCGAGCUGGACUACAUCCUCUACGCGUUGCUGAAGGAGACUCUGGCUAAGUCCAAAAUUGAUCCCGCACUGAUUGAGGAUGUGUGCUUGGGUAACGUCGGUGAAUCCAAGGCAGCUUACAUGGUCCGUGCCGCCGCUCUGGCUGCCGGAAUCCCACACACAUCCGGCGCUUCCAGCGUAAACCGUUUCUGUUCCUCCGGUCUGAAGGCCGUGCAAGAUAUUGCAAACCAGAUCCAGCUCGGCGCCAUUGAUGUUGGUAUCGCGAUGGGUGCCGAGCUGAUGUCCGCCGCCGGCGAUCGUCUCGAGCGGCCCUUCAACGAGGAGGUUCUGCGAAACCAGGAGGCUUCUGAUUGUAUGCAGCCUAUGGGUCAGACCUCCGAGAACGUCGGAAAGGACUUUGGUAUCUCGCGUGAGCAGCAGGAUCGUUACGCGGCGGAGUCUUUCCGUCGUGCCGAGGCUGCGCAGAAGGCAGGUUGGUUUGAUGAUGAGAUUACGCCCAUCUCUGUUAAGGUCAAGGAUCCUAAGACUGGGGAGGUUAAGCAGGUUACCUUGACUAAGGAUGAUGGAAUUCGUCCUGGAACUAACUAUGAAUCCCUGGCUAAGAUUCGACCUGCUUUCCCGCAGUUUGGUGAUAAGUCUACUGGUGGAAACUCGAGCCAGGUUACUGAUGGUGCCGCUUCUGUUCUUCUGAUGCGUCGCUCCAAGGCCAUCGAGCUGAACCAGCCCAUCCUCGCUAAGUUCUGUGGCGCCACUGUUGCUGGUGUGCCUCCUCGCGUGAUGGGUAUUGGUCCCACCGCUGCUAUUCCCAAGCUGUUGAGCAAGUUCCAGUUAGACAAGAACGACAUUGAUAUCUAUGAGAUCAAUGAGGCUUUCGCCUCCAUGGCUGUUUACUGUGUGGAGAACCUUGGCCUAGACCAUGCUAAGGUGAACCCACGUGGUGGUGCUAUUGCUCUUGGUCACCCGCUAGGUGCGACUGGCGCGCGCCAGAUUUCUACUAUUCUGAGCGAAGCUCGUCGGACUAAGAAGAAGAUUCUGAUUACCAGUAUGUGCAUAGGAACUGGACAGGGUAUGGCUGGUUUGUUUGUCAAUGAGCAGGUAUAA